AUGGAAGUGACCGUGGAUGAUGUCAUGGUGCACGUCUUGGACAAGGACGAGCACACCUCUCCCGACUACAUGGACACCAGGGAUGGAGACAAACGCAGCCGCUCGUCGUCGUCGUCGUCGUCCUCUUCCUCUCAUGAUGAAGAGGAGAAAGCCCAAGUGAAAGUGGAGGAGAAGACAAAAGAGGUGACGGAGAUGAAGACUGUCGUCCAGGAGACCAAAGCAGAGAUGGUGAGCGAUGGAUCCCGACGCUCUUCAUCCUCCUCAUCUUCGCCGGAGGAGGACAACGCUGAGGACGGGAUGAUGAUGGCCUACAAGCACCACGAGUCCAACUCCAAGUUGGCCACGGAGGAACAGGCGGUGGACUACAGCAUCAAAACGCUGGAAAACCUCACCCUGGACCAGAGCGCCCUCGCUCCAGUCGAGCCCGCGCAUCCUGAGAUCUCGCUCUUUGUCAAGGCGGGCAGCGAUGGCGAGAGUAUUGGCAACUGUCCUUUCUCGCAGCGUCUCUUCAUGAUCUUGUGGCUCAAAGGUGUCGUCUUCAACGUCACCACCGUGGACCUCAAGAGGAAGCCGGCAGACCUUAACAAUCUGGCGCCCGGCACCCACCCGCCAUUCCUCACCUACAAUGGAGAUGUCAAGACGGACAUCAACAAGAUCGAGGAGUUCCUCGAGGCAAUGCUGGCGCCACCCAAGUAUCCCAAACUGGCAGCCAAGCAUAGAGAGUCCAACACGGCGGGCAACGACAUCUUCGCGAAGUUCUCAGCAUUCAUUAAGAACACCAAAAUCGACGCCAACGAUGCCCUGGAGAAAGGUCUGACGCGGGCUAUGCAGAAGCUGGACGAAUACCUGAAUAGUCCGCUGCCUGACGAGAUCGACGCCAACAGUAUGGAGGAAGAAAAGGUGUCCAGGAGAAGUUUUCUGGACGGAAACGAGCUGACGCUGGCCGAUUGCAACCUCCUGCCCAAACUGCACAUCGUCAAGGUGGUGGCCAAGAAGUACCGUAACUACGACAUCCCCUCGGACAUGACGGGAAUCUGGCGCUACUUGAAGAACGCCGCCGCCCGUGACGAGUUCAACAACACGUGCGCCGCAGAGUCCGAAAUCGAGAUGGCCUACAAGGACGUGGCCAAGAGGCUGGUCAAGUAGCUUCUUAGCUCCCAAAACCUUCCUUUUUAUUCUUAGCCCUCCAGAGAUUUAUUAGUUAUUAUUAGUUUAAGGAUGCUCAAACGCACUCUGAUGUGACGGAUGGUCCCGAUCCUGCUGUCUGUAUUUAUUCCUCAUGACACAAAGCCCCCUUUCACAUGUGCUGCAAAGCUUUGACUCACAGGCGCGUCGAGGCGGUUAGAUUUAUUUAUCCCCACGCCCGUGGACGUCUCGCCUGACGCCGAUGUUUAUUAUUGAGCUCCCGCUGCGCCUCGUCUUCCCUCGGGAUGGCGCGCCUACGAGCCAUCAAUGUCAAUGUUCCUCUUGGUCGUCAUUAAAGUCCACUUGUUUUGCCUCCUC